UGGGCCGAGGCGCGGGCUGGGUCACGCCGGCUGCCUCCUCCCCGCGGGCGCUGUAGGCAGCGCGCUCCAGUCCCGGGGAGGACGGGGCGCUUGGUGGGGAGGAUGCGCUGCCCGCUGCGGGCCGGAUUCAUCAUGUGACUCGCCCGGGCUGCGAAGACCCCUCCUCUCCCCGCACCAUGAGUGAAGUGGAUGCUGGGCAGCCUCCCAGCCGGAGACAGGUAGAGCCCGGGCUGCUUCUCAACCUCCUCUACUGCGUGUUCCUAGUGGGGACCAAGGAAAUCGAGGCUCUGACAGACUUCUCAGGUUACCUAACCAAACUUCUGCAAAACCACACAGUGUAUGCUUGUGAUGGCGACCGUUUGAGCCUACAGUGUCCUCGACAUUCAACAAUAAGUGUCCAGUCAGCAUUUUACGGGCAAGAUUCCCAAAUGUGUAGUACACAGCAGCCUGAAACUACGAUGAAAAAUCCCUUAAACUGUGUGGCAUCUACCACUUUGCAGAAAGUACUGGAUGAAUGCCAGAACCAGAGAGCCUGCCAACUCCUUGUCAAUAGUCGGGUUUUUGGACCUGAUCUAUGUCCAGGAACCACUAAAUACCUCCUUGUCUCCUUUAAAUGCAAACCUACUGAACACAAAACAAAAUCAGCAUGUGAAAAUGAAGAACUGAAACUCCACUGCAAAGAGUCAAAGUUUCUAAACAUUUAUUCUGCCACAUAUGGUAGAUCAGCACAUGAGAAGGAUGUCUGCUCUACAGAAGUGGGCUAUACCCCUCAGUUUGACUGUAUAUCCUAUGCAGCUUUAGAAGUAUUAUCAAGGAGAUGUUAUGGGAAACAGAGAUGUAAAGUUAUUGUCAACAACAAUGAUUUUGGAAGUCCAUGCCUGCCUGGAGUGAAAAAAUAUCUUAAUGUCAGCUACGCCUGUGUUCCCCAAAUCAUACUUACAGCAGUUGAUCCAAUGAUCUCUAAUCUAAAUCCUUCUCUGAAGCAGAACAAUGGUGAAUAUGAUAUAAACAUUGACCUCAGGGAAUCAAGGCUUUUAAAGAAAGAUGGAAUUAUUAUUAGCAACUCUUUGGCUACAUUUGCUUACAUUAGAGAUCACCCUGAAAGAGCUGCUCUCCUGUUUGUGUCUAGUGUGUGUGUUGGCUUAGUCUUCACGCUGUGUGCUUUGGUGAUACAUGUGUCAUGCACUAACGACUUCCAAAAACUGCCCAGAGUGAAAGACCAUGUAGUGCUGGAAAGCAGCAAAGCAGAUGACCACAGCAAUGAUGAGGAAGAGGAAGAGUCUUCAGAUUCAGACUUGUCAAAUGAGUUGAUGGGAUUUUGUAGGACUCCAUACGCGGGUUAUAAUUCAACAGAGGCAGCUGAACUGGCAGAAAGGAUAGAACGCCGAGACCAGAUACUGCAAGAAAUUUGGAUGAACAGUGGUUUGGAUGGGUCUCCUACUCGAAAUAUCAGUCCAUUUUAUAUGAAUGAACAACAAAGUGUUUAUUUUGAAUGAUACAAGCUUUUUGUUUUUAAUGUCCCUUCUGUGAAGGGGCAUUUGUAACUAUAUAUAAUUAUUUGUAAAGAAAAAAAUAUAUAUAUAAAAUAUAUAAAAUAAUAAAAAGACUGCUUCAAACUCUUGACUAUGUAACCCAGUGUGGAACAAAUUCUGCAAGUAUUUACCAUUUGUUGUGCUUUUUAUUGACUAGCUGAAAAUGAAUUCCUGUAUAUAAGUGUAAAGCAUGCUCUUGUGCUGAAAGCAAAGUAAUGAAGCAGCACACUACAGAAUUAGGCAUGUGUUCCAUAAGGACAGGGCCUUUAUUAGUUAACAGGUUAAUUCGGUCAGGCUUGUACAGUACUUUGGAACUGACGUGCGGUAGCAGGAGCUCUCAGAUGCCAUUGCACUGUGACCCCCUGCUGACAACAAAAAUGACUUCAUAAAACCAGGAGAGGGGACUGAUGCCUGAGCCCCACUGCCCCAACAAAGCCCAAGUCCCACCACUCUGGGCAGGGGAGCCAAAGCUGAAGAUCAAAAGGAACUUGAUUCCAGUCAAAGGGCUUGUAACCUGAGCCCCUGCCACCCUUGGGCUUUGGCUUCAGCCCUGGCCUCUACGGCUUGGACUUGAAGUUCAGCCCCAGGCUUCAACAAGUCUGAGCCAGCCCUGGUGGUCCCAUUCAAAGGGGGCCCCAACCAGCAGUUUGGGAACCACUGUGCUAUAGCAAUACAAUUUUAUAUUACAGCCGGUCCCCGAGUUGCGAA